AGUGGGACCACAGUGAGAGACCAAGCACACACAGGUCCGCGGCGGGCGGAGGAGGCUGUGAUUAAUGAUGUUCAAGCUGUGGAGGUGUCUUACUGCAGAUCCAACCUCCCCCGUGUAACCUCCUCCUCCUCCUCCUCCUUCUUCUCCCUUCUCUCCUGCCGUUCACUUCUCCCCAUCUGUUAUGAUACAGCUGGGCUCCCAAUCGGUCACAUUAUCCUCCCUCCGCCUGGAGACCACAGCAGCCUCAGGACACAGCCCUGAACCAGGGCUACUUCAGCACCUGGGUGGCAGAUUUCAACAUUUACCUGACUGGAUCAAGUGGAAAUUUUUGGUGUAAAACUCGAAGAACUUCAUCUUUUUUUGAGUGUUCACUGGGAACCUUCAUAUAAGCUGUGUGUGGUCAGGUGUUUGAUUCAGCAGGGCCCCUUCCUGUUCCUCGUGCAUUGUAAAUGUCUUUGGGCUGUUCUCUGACACUUUUUAUUACUGGAAGAAAGAAGCUGCUGUGAGGAAUUUUACGUGACACAGAUUUCUCACCUGGACGCUGAGGAGGCAAGCAGGAUGGACUUGACUUACUUUUGGGUCCUAGCCACAACUCUGAUGUUGAUCCAUCAGCAUCAAGCCUCUACCGCGUCUGUUACGAGCCCCACGGCGGAGGAGGGCCUCCUGGCGCAGCUCACCCACACAGCCCACCGGCGGGAGAAACGCUGCUCCUGUGAGAACCAGAAAGACAAGGAGUGUAUUUUUUUCUGUCACAUUGGCAUCGUCUGGGUCAACACCCCGAGCCAUGUGGUUCCUUAUGGAUUUGGUUCGAUCCGCCUCAGGAGGGACCUCGGCCGCUGCCUCUGUGCAGACACUCAGGAUGCCGAGUGUUUGAGCUUCUGCUCCGUCUGGACGCAAACCGAAGUGGACAACGCUAUGGUGAAGAGGAAGGCCGACAAACGUUUGAAGAGAUACAGAGGCGCACUCUGGGAAAAAAGGAGCCGACACGCACUGAAACCCCAGACCUGAGAGCGAGGAGGAGCAGCAGUAACGGAAGAAAUAACACAAAUGGACCCUUUAGUUCGUCUUUCUACCCUGAUGACAGUUUGGACGUGUACAGUGUGUUUGUGAUGUUAAUGUAAUGAUGGUGAAGUAUUAAGGAUAGGAGCGCUGACUACCAAUCGGCUCGUCUUUCCAACAUUUGGCUGAUGACACGCAGGGAGGGAGUUUGAACCUGUGACCUGUUCAGUUACCGGAUGAUCUCAGUUCAUUUGUAGCACUGAGGGACGGGAAAAAAACAUUUCACUUGAGGCUGCGAACGGAAGACCACAGCCUCGGGGAGAAAGGCCCUGAAAUUAACAACGUUUUGGUAUUUCAAUUGUAAAUUCUUCCUGUAAAGUGUCACUCAGCUCUGUCGUUGUUGGCUGAAAACCUCACAUCUCCACAACAAACCUUGUUUUUAGCAGCCGCACAUUGUCCAAGACCGGAAAAAUAUAGAUCACACAGAGGAGCGUUCACAUUCAGAGUGUUUGCAUGGACACUUUCAGUCAUUUCUAUAAUGUUUGAGAGAGGGCUGUCAGAAAGCUUUGUUAGCAUCGUUUAGACGAGUGCUGGAGAGCUGGAGAAUACAGUUAUUUUGAGUAAAAAGUCGUAAUAUGAGAACAAAGUUAUAGUUUUAUAAAAAGGUCAAUGCACAAUCCACAUAGAAAAAUGUCUUACUGUCACUAUAUCGGGCACGAUAACGGUAAUCUGUCAUCAAAUUUUUACCGGUGGGACUCUACUUGCCUUUUUCUUAAAUAUUCUAAACUUUAUUCUUUAGAUAUUACAACUUUUUUCUCAAGAGUAAAUCUUUCUCUUUAGAAUAUUCUCUAAAUCCCAGAUGUAUUUUUGUCGUCUUAUAGAUUUGUCGUUUUGACGAAGAAUAAGCUGUUACGAACAUUGUGUAUAAGUAUUAUGUGAUACAAGCGGGUUCUUGCAAGGAAAGGUUGCUCUGAAAUCCUUCCUGCUCGUCACCGUGCACAGACAGACAUUUUUAAAGCACUGCAAAGCAAUCACUGGAAUGGAUCCUGCAUCUCCGGCAGGUUUCGUGUCUCUGCAAGCUUUACGGCGUCCUGAAACAACGAGGCUGAGCAUGCAGUAGCCAUAGAAAACAGUGUGGUCACAUUUGAACAGGAGUUCUGAGGUUUUCACCUAACAAGAGUGUUCCUGCAGCUGUCGGUCAGUCGUUCUAUUGUCACAGCUUUAUAAAACCUUUGUCUGAAUGUGAAUAAUAAUAUAUCUAUCUCUAAUAAUACGUCUCAGUUUAUGAAGAAAAAGUGUCAAAAGAAUGCAACAACAGCUCAAUAACCUCGCCACGAGUUUCCAGCGGAGUUGUUGUCAGUCUUUUAUUUAAGCUUUAUCGAUACUUUUACUUAUUCCUCCAACAUGGAACACAAAAAUAUUUAUUUACUGUCCACUGAAGUAUACUCACAGUGGUGUAAUCUUCCUCAUACGGAAUAUAACCAUUUAAAUACACAGACCUCUCUGCAGUACUGCAUUAAGUGUCACCUGCUCAGUAGUAGUCAGUCUGCCAUUAGAGGCGGGGAGAGGCCGGGUGGCGACUUGAACUUUGGCAGGAACCGCUGAUCACCUGCGACCAUAUAAGCAGUCUGCAGGUUAUACAGACCCUUUAUACCCGUCAUAAAGCCACAACUCUCUCAGUGCCCUCUCACUUUUUGUUAUGAAAAAUCUGUAGUUUCUUGAGGCAAAAAGAUUUGAUUCAUCUGAUCACAUAAAGUCUGUCCUUUCAAGUUAAACUCUCUAUAGAUAUAAAUAAUCAAAUUUAGGAUAGCUAAAUUCCAUUUAGCUGCUUCAGCUGUAGGUAUUGUGCGUUCUGGCUCAGGCCUUACUAGGACAUUUGAAUGGAACGGAGCCAUUGUUCAUUUUAUUGGUAACUCCUCUGCUUUUCCUUGUAUGACAAGUCAGAAUGUCUGCUGUGAAAGAGGUUCAAUAAAAACAGUAGCAUCUAUAUUAUGCAGAGGUCAGCAACCUUUACUAUCAAAUGUGCUAUUUUUGGUCAAAAACAAUUCUGUCGGAGGUGUAAAACACAUGAGCCUUAUAAUGCUAAUUUCUCACUGCAGAUCAAGCAUAGCAGUAAGCCAGCUGCAUUGGUGGUAAAAGCAAACAAAUGUGUCCACACAAUAUUAAAUUCCUCUGACACUCUUCUUUGUUUUGGUUUUUGAAUCCAUAGCUAGCCUCGCUAAGAGGACUAAAGACUACAAGCCACCACUAUUGAGGUUCGGCAAAAUACAGAGGAAAAGAGGCCAGGUCAGGACGCUGAAGAUACUGAGCUUUUCUCUCCCUGAUAACACUGUGUAAACUCCAACUCCCAAGAGGCUUACCCUCAAAGCCUGAUGGGAGACGGAAACAUUUUUUCCAGAUAAGUUCUGAUGUACCAAACAUUUAACUCACAUGACUGAUGAGCUGUUUCUAUAAUACAGCCAUAAUCUCACAUUAUUACAUUAAACAAGCAGCCUUGUCAAAAAAAGACCGAUACCAUUCAGUCUUAUGGAGAAAUUAGCCGACUUCUGACUUGAUUUAUUAUCUCAGUAAACAGUUUACUGAUGAGUUUAUGGUCUCAAUCUCUAGUUUCAGUCUUCUUCCAUACCGCAUGAUGUUCAUUUAGUAAAUGAUGGUCCCAUUUAGAGUAAAAUAGGCCAUAAAGCAGGGUAUGCUUUAGGACGGGGCUACCUUGUGAUUGACAGCUCAUUCUCAGUGAGUCCGUCCAGCUCAACGCACCAAACUCAGAUCAAACUGUUAAACUAGGCAGUGCUGAUCAGAUAUGCAUCCAGAUUAUGUUACUGCGUUGACUAUUUCUCAAACCAUUGAUUAUCUCAAUGAACUAACUCCUAAUAAUCACAUAAAGUAGUGUACUACUCCUUUUAAAGUUACACCUAAAUAGCAUCUGUGGAAAACAGACCUUUACACAAAGUAUUAAAUAUAAUUCUACGAACUCAAAAAGUUUAAAUUGAAAGUGUUGUAUUAACAUCACCCAAUUUUAGUGAAAUUAUCCUUCUGUUCUACACCAGCAACGGUCACAUGAAGUUGGAUUGAGCUCCACUGGGCAGUCAGAGGUCACAGUGAGCUGAUAAAGUGUCAGUAUCUCUUCAGCAGGGUAUAGAUGGGGAUGUUGAAAGGCUCUGAGCCCUCAUUUCAGCAGCCACAAGCUCAGAGACACUCAGUGAAAAAUUUACCUGACCAUCAAUCUCGACGUGUUUCGGUUUUGUGCGUGCUGUUUUGUCUUACACUGAGCUCACACAACAGUGGAAAACGAUGAACUUUAACAAAGGCUGUUAUCCAAACCUCCUCAGGCUGAAACAGAUUAGUGAAGUAGUUUCUUAUCUGUGCCAAGUGAAACAUUCAAAGAGUUUUGUUCCAAAAUAAGGCAGUAAAACAUCUCCGUACACAGGAUUACAUACGCAAGAGACAUCUCAGCGAGGGUUGAUAUCACAUCAUUAAAAACACAUAAUGCUGACUUUUUAGUCCCAGAGAGCAGCAGGUAACUCUCAGACUUGGCUGACAGAAAACAUUUAAGAUAUAUAAUAUUCAUCAUAUUACUAAUAUAUAUAUAUAUAUAUAUAUAAUGAAAUCCAGUGGUUCGUUGCAAGCUGUGGAACAUAACUCUUUGUUUCGUUUUGUCCUGAUGUUCAGCCACAUAAAUCUCCAUCUGUACAACUGCUUUUGUAGGAUGUUCUGAAUGCAACCUUUUAAAAAUGUAUAGCAGCAUCAUAUCUGUACGUAUGUUGAUUAUUUUAUUGCAGGAUAUUUAUUUUAUUAAAGAUUUUUAAAUUACUUAAACACAUUAAAAACAACCCUUGAAUGA